AUGUUUGAUGUGUUUGUUGUUUUAUUUGUGGAUGGUGGGGCUCGUGGGGUUGUGAGGGUUGGUUGUGUGAUGGAAGGGGUGGUGGUGGGGUAUGGAGAGGUGGCGUGUGUAGUGUGUGGGUCGGAUUGCGGAUUGGUUGUGGGUUUGGUGGGUGGGGGGGGGGGGGUGUGGUGUGGUUUUGAGGGGUUGGAAUGUGUAGGGUGGAGAGUGUGUGGUGUGGGUCUGGUCGGUUUUGGUGUAGUAAGGGGUGUGUGGUUUCGGUGGUGGGGUAACUUUGACGUGGGGUCGUGGGGUGGUGCGGGGUGGUGGUGGUUAAGUGGGUUGGAGUGGUUUGGAUGGUGUUGGUUGGUUGGGUUGGGGUUAGUUUGGGGUGUGUUGGUUGGUUGUUGGGUGAGUGGUUGUGGUGGGAUGGGUGGUGGUUUGCUGUGGUGGGUGUGCUGGGUGUUUGGGUGUGGGUUGUGUGGUGGUGGGGUGGUUGGGUGUUCAGGGGUGCUGUUGGUUGGGGGGGUGGUGGGGGUUUUGGGGUUGGUGGGUUGUGUGAUGGAGGUUAACUUUUGUGUUGGGGUGGUGGGGUUUGUGGGGUGUGGUUUUGGUUGUGUUGGUUUUCGUGUGGUAGGUUAUGUGUUGUUUGGUGGGUUGGUGUGGGGUGGUGGGUGGGUCGGGUUAAUGAGAUGUGGGCGGUGGUUGGUUGAUGGGGGGGAGGAGCGGUGGUUUGUGGGGUUGGUAGAGUUAGUUUGGGGAGGCGGUGUUCGUGAGCUUGUAUUGGGUGUGGUGUGGGUGGUGGGUGUGGUUGUUAGUUGGUGGGUGUUGUGUUUCUGUUGUGUGGUGGUUUUUUGUGGGUGUGGUUGUUUGGGUUCGGUUAAUGUGUGUGGCGGGGGUGGGUCGGUGGGGGUUGUUGUUGGGGUAGGGGGUGGGGGGGUGAGUGUUGGCGGGUGUGUGUGGUGUGAUAAGGGAGAUAUUGUGGGGUUGGUUGGGGGUGGAAGGGGUGUGGUGUGGAGGGUGAUAGACUGGUUUGUGGUUGGUAUGUGUGGUUGUGGGCUGGUGGUUGAUGGUGGAGGUUUGGGUUUGAGUGGGGUAGGUGUGUCUGGUGUGGGUGCUAGGUCCCGCUGGGGGGUUGUGCGUUCGAUUUUGGGGGAUUGGAUGGCGUGGUUGUUUGUGUUUCGUGUGGAGUGUUGGUGGGGGGUAGGUAGGAUGGGGGGUGGUGAGUUGUGGUGGUGGCCGGGGUGUAGUGAGUUUGGAUGUGGCGGGUUGGGUUCGGUUGGUGGGUGGUUUGUGGUGUGGGGUAUGGGUGACUCGGUUCGUAGGGUGGUGGUGUGGUUGUGGUGCUGGUGUCUUGGUUUGUUGGGUCCGGCAGGGAAUUUGGGUUGUGUGGAGGGGGGGUUUGGUGAGGGAGUGGUUGGUGUGCUGGGGUUCGUGAGUUGCGUGUUGGCUUACGUGGUUGGGAUUGGUGUCGGUUUUGUGGGUGUGAUGGGGGGAGGGGUGGGUGCCGGUGGUUGGGUGGGGUUGUUUGGUAUGAGGGGGGUCUGUGGGGUGUGGGUGGUGGUUCAGUAG